UGUUACUCAAAGGACGCCGCUGCAGAAACUUCUGUGAAAGGAACAUUUUAUUUGAUUGCUGUUUCAUACUUUGUGUAAAUAAAUAUGAGUUCUGAAGGGAGAAUGAAAAGAGAAAGUUACAGCUCUAGAUCCAGAUCAAGGUCACCCUUUAGAAAAAAUUUUAAUGAGAGGUCUUACAGUGAUGAUGAUUUCAAAAAUAAGAUCCGUAGGCGGGACCGGAGCCCAGAUGCUAGGCACUCCAGUUCAUCAAAUUCCCGCAGAGUGUUUGUUAACAACAUUCCAUUUGAAUGCCGCUGGAUGGAAAUUAAGGACCUUUUCCGAGAGAAAGUUGGAGAUGUUACAUUUGUUGAUAUGUUUGAAGAUGAUGGUGGGAAAUUCAAAGGUUGUGGAGUGGUUGAAUUUAAAGAUCAUGAGGCAGCCAUGAAAGCUGUGGAAAAGAUGCAUAAACAUGAAAUUAGAGGCAGAAUGUUGAAUGUAAAGUUGGAUUCAGGAGAAGUAGACAGAAGGCGAUCAACUGGCAGAGGCUCUGAUCGAGAUUUCAUGAAUGACAGGUUUGACAAUGAGUUUAGAAAUGAACCACAAUUUAACACCUAUGGCUUAAACCCUGUAUUUUUGAAGUCUUUAGGAAUACAUGGCCCUUUGAACAACAAAGUUUUCAUUUCAAAUUUAGAUUAUAAAGUGACUGAAAAGAAAUUGGAAGAAAUUUUUAAAAUUGCUGGGAAACUUGUGAAAGUAGAAUUGAAUGUAGAUAAUGAAGGCAAAAGCAAAGGUCAUGGUACAGCUGAAUAUGAACAUCCAUUGGAAGCAGUCCAAGCAAUUUCAAUGUUUAAUGGACAGAGACUGUAUGCAAGAAUAAUCAAUGUGCGAAUGGAUAAAUUUGCCGAUGAUGGAGAUGCAAUACCAUCCAAAUUACCUGCUGGACUUCAUGGAAUUGGCAAAGGUCUUGGCAUGAAUGGACAGCCUAUGCAGUUUAACAAAAAUUCAACAGGACCUACAGGUAGUUUUGGCUUUGGAAUGGGUAUGGGAAAUGUUGGAAGUGGAAUGUCUGGUGGCAUUGGUAUGGGUUCAACUAAUUUAGGAAUGUCUAACUUGACUGGAGGAACAAUGGGUAUGAACAGUUCAAUGACUGGUGACAGAAUGAUGGGCUCCACGCCCAUGGGCAUGGGCCUCCCUUCCCCUUCCGUGGGAAUGGGUGGCACAUCUUCAAUGAUGAUGAAUAAUAACGUCAUGGGGCGUUCUAACAUGGACGGUAUGGGUCGCGACUCCUAUCAAAUGGGAUCGGAUGUGUCUAGAGGAUACCGAGACUCAUUCGAUCGACCUAAUGAUUCCUUCAACAGUUCCAGUCUUUCUGAUACAGUGAUAGUGGGAAAUUUACCUAACUCCAUCAGAUUGCAGACUCUUAAAGACAGAUUCCGUGACAUUGGGGAUGUGAGAUUUGCCGACUUCAAAGGUCAAGGUUCAGCCAUCAUCAGAUUUGGAACUGUACAAGACGCCCAGCGUGCAGUUGAUUUUAUGAAUGGAAAUCGCAUUGAAGGUAGAACUGUUCAAGUUCGCUUGUACUGAAGACAUCACAUGCAUUACAAAUUUUAUCUUGAAGACAAUUUGACUUUAUGUUACUACAUUAUCAUUUGUAAUUGUAUUGCAACAUCACUCUUUACUUUUUUUUUUUUUUUUUGACAAAGCCAUUGGUAUUUUAUUUCAUAGCUCACAAGUCAAGGUUUCUUUUAAUGUUCCCAUUUUCCCAAAAAAUCACAAUUUAGUUUGAUAUUUUAAAGAGAUUUAUUGUAAAUUUUAUAAAUAAUUUAGUUCUUAUCUAUGGUAUUUUAUGAUUAGUAUGUGUGCCGAUGUUUUAUUCAGAAAAUGAUAAUUUUUAAAUGUUCUUUUAACAUUUUUAAUAUAUUGACGCAUCAGAUUUUAUUUAAUUUUAAAUGUGACACCAUUUUUCCUGUGCUAAUUCAUUUAAUAAGUAGAUUGUUUGAUCUGAAUAGUGAUUUUCUUAUUUAAUGUUGUUGGUAGAUGAUUUUAAUGAGCUUUAUCAGCUUAUCAACUACUUGUAUGUACCUUUUCCUAUGAAAUAUUAGCUACAUUGUAACAAACUUCAACUGUUUCAUAUGUACUUCACAAAAAACUAAAAUAACCAUACUUGUAUACAUGCUUCUGAUGUAUAACAUUUUUGUCAACCGAAUUCUAAUGUGUAACUUUUAGUUAUAACUUUUAUUAAACUUUUUAGUUAUA